UUCUCCCUCUUUUUCCUUUCUAACCUUAAUAUAUUUGCAGUAUAGCAGCGAGCAAUUGUACGAACGAAAAAAAUGCAUAUUUAAAAUUGUGUAAAGAAUGACAAAUUGUUGGCGACAAACUGAUUUAUGUGCAAGCAACGAUGCUUCCAAAUGAGGUCCUGUUGUAGGUGAGAUACUCAUUCGAUGUGAACGUAACGGGAGGCAGUUUGAACCAUCUUCACGCACGCACGAGAAAAAAUGUACUGCCUACAGUGGCUGAUUCCGGUGCUGCUAAUACCAAAACCUGUGAAUCCGGCGCUGCUGCAAACCCACGUCAUGUUCAUGGCGCUUUACCUGAUCGGAUUCUUCCUAGAGCGUAAGCCCUGCACUAUUUGCAGCCUCGUGUUCCUCGCUGCUGUCUUCCUCAUUUGUUACAGCGGCAUAGGCAACUGCCUGCUAUGGAGCACAAAUUGCGACACAGUGAGAUGCGAUAAUGGCUAAGAAUGCGCUUUAUUUAUUUUAGAGAAUUAUUUUUAUCUCCUUUUUAUCGAUUUCCAUCGUUUCUACUUCCUUGCUGUAACAGAAUUUUGAAGUGAAGUCCUGUGCACAAUAAAGAAAAUGAUAGAAAUAGGAAUAAAUAUUAAACAUUAGAAACAGAAA